AUCAGCGGAAUGGUAUGGUCGAGCGUGUAUGACGGAGGGAUGACAUCAGGUUUCCGCAUCGCGUGAAUCGAUUCGCUUGUCGGUCCAGAAGUGAGCAGCAGUGCUCCUCAUAGCAAUGGCAGACACACAGCCCACAGAGAUGAUGGAGGAGGACGAGCCCUUCUUCAGUAACUUGGACCUUUUCCUCUUCUCUCUCAUUGCUGGCCUGCUGAUCUACUGGCUGAUCUUCCGCAAAAAAGCUGAACCCAUUCCUGAGUUUAAGAAGCUGGAGACCGCGGCUCCAACCACAAGGGACACCAGUUUUAUUGACAAAAUGAAGAAAACGGGCAAGAAUAUCGUGGUGUUUUACGGCUCUCAGACUGGCACAGCGGAAGAGUUUUCCAACAGACUUGCAAAAGAUGCUCAUCGCUACGGCAUGAAGGGGAUGGCAGCAGACCCAGAGGAAUAUGACAUGAGUGAGCUUUCUCGUAUGGGGGAGAUCGAGAACUCUUUGGCGAUCUUCUGCUUGGCCACCUAUGGAGAGGGCGACCCUACUGAUAAUGCCCAAGACUUCUAUGACUGGCUACAGGAGGGCGAUGCUGAUUUCAGCGGACUUAAAUACACAGUGUUUGCACUGGGUAAUAAGACAUAUGAGCACUACAACGCCAUGGGGAAAUAUGUGGACAAGAGACUGGAGGAGCUGGGGGCACAGAGAAUCUUUGACCUGGGAAUGGGAGACGAUGAUGGAAAUCUGGAGGAGGACUUUGUGUCUUGGAGAGAGCAGUUCUGGCCGGCUGUUUGCGAACAUUUUGGAGUAGAAGCGACCGGUGAAGAGUCCAGCAUCCGUCAGUAUGAGCUGAAGGUACACACUGAUCUGAACAUGAAUAAAGUCUACACUGGAGAGCUGGGACGACUCAAGAGCUUUGAGAACCAGAAACCACCCUUCGAUUCGAAGAACCCUUUCUUGGCUCCAGUUACUGUAAACCGCAAACUCAAUAAAGGCGGCGAGAGACAUCUGAUGCACUUGGAGCUGGACAUCACGGGCUCAAAAAUCAGAUAUGAAUCUGGAGAUCACGUUGCCGUGUAUCCCAUCAACGACACAGCGAUGGUGAACAAGAUCGGGGAGCUGCUUGCUGUGGAUCUGGACACUGUGAUCUCCCUCAACAACCUCGACGAGGAGUCCAAUAAGAAGCAUCCAUUCCCCUGCCCGACCAGCUAUCGCACCGCUCUUACUCAUUAUCUGGACAUCACAAAUUCUCCACGCACAAAUGUACUUUAUGAACUGGCACAAUACGCCACUGACCCCAAAGACCAGGAGAACAUGAGGAAAAUGGCCUCCUCUUCUGCUGAGGGCAAAGCACAGUACCAGAGCUGGGUGCUGGACUCUUGCAGGAAUAUUGUGGCUAUUCUUGAGGAUUUGCCAUCUUUACGGCCUCCGAUUGACCACCUCUGUGAGCUUCUGCCACGACUGCAGGCCCGCUACUACUCCAUUUCAUCAUCUUCAAAGGUUUACCCCAACAGCAUCCACAUCUGUGCCGUAGUGGUGGAGUACCAAACCAAGACCGGCCGGGUUAAUAAAGGAGUCGCCACAAACUGGCUGAAGAACAAAAUGCCCACCGACAAUGGACACAAAGCUACGGUGCCCAUGUACAUCCGCAAAUCUCAGUUCCGCCUGCCCUUCAAGUCCACAAACCCAAUUAUAAUGAUUGGACCUGGCACGGGUAUUGCACCCUUCGUAGGGUUCAUUCAGGAGCGCGGGUGGCUCAAAGAACAAGGAAAGGAAGUGGGAGAGACGGUGUUAUACUUUGGCUGUCGUCACAAGAACGAGGACUUUCUGUACCAAGAGGAACUUGCGCAGUUUGAAAAGACUGGAGUUCUGACAACACUCAAUGUAGCUUUUUCCAGAGACCAGGCAGAAAAGGUCUAUGUCCAGCAUCUCCUGAAGAACAACAAGGAGGCAGUUUGGAAGCUGGUUCAUACAGACAAUGCCCACAUCUACAUCUGUGGAGAUGCUCGUAACAUGGCUCGCGACGUGCAGACCGCCUUCUACGAGAUUGCAGAGGAGCUGGGAGGGAUGAGUCGGACUCAAGCUGUAGACUACAUCAAGAAACUGAUGACUAAAGGACGCUACUCGCAGGACGUCUGGAGUUAAAUAACCCUUCAGAGCGACAACAUUACUGAUGUGGUGGUUUCUAUUGGGAUGAGUUUAACCCUUGUGUGCUGUUGGGUCACUUUCAUCCACUCUGGAGGGAUUUUGAGUCUUAAUUUGGCCACAACUUUCUCUGUGUUUUAGCAAAUGGAAUGAUUUUUGGCAAUAAAUCUUAUUUUGAUACAUAUUUUGGAAAAAUGCUUUGAACUUUUUCAAAAAUACACAAAUUUACUACUCUUUCUUUACAUUGGGGGCUGUUUUUGACCCAUUGACUUCCAUUAUAAUGACUUUUUUUGAUUGCAAAGCCAUGACGGCAUAUAAUCAUGCAUUCUUGAUUGUUGCUGGUGUGUUCCCUUUUGGAAGGAGCUACAGUUUGUCAAUUUUACUGUUGAUGUUGAUUUAUAAGCUGUCAUGGCUUUGCAAUCAAAAAUGUCCAUAUAAUGGAAGUCAAUGGGGCAAAAACAGCCCCCAACAUAACCAAAGAGUAGUCAGUUUGAACAGUACACAAGGGUUAAAUGUGUUCGUUUCGAUCAUUCUGACACGUUUGUCUGAAAGAAGCGAAUAAUGUCACAUUACAUUGGAGGAAAACAAAUAUUUAAAGAAACGACUAUGAAAAAUCGUGGUUUUACCAUUCUAACUAAACACAUUAAGCACGUAACUUUAGAAUCACAUACAUUUUAAUAUUCACUAAAUGCAGUGGAGUUGGGAUUAUUACUGAAUUUAUAUUUGGAUUUAUGCUCUAAUGGUACCUUAUAAGCACGAAGAAACUUUUUUAACUUUUGAAAACAUUUUGAGCAACACUUUAGUUUAAGCAACAAUUCACAGCAUUUACCACUGGCUUAUUACCUGCCUAUUAUUAAGAUAUUAUCUGUUUAUUAGCACUUAUAAAGUAUGAUCUUAUUUUACAUGCCUUGUCCUACCCAAUACCAGAACCUAAACCCAACUAAUACCUUACUGUUAACGAGCAGCUAAUUAUGAGUUUAUUGAGUGUAGUUAAUAGUGUGAACUAUACAUUAAAGUGUGACCUUUAAAUAUUCAUUUUUGAAGACGUUCAGAGGUCAUAAAUGUUGCCCAGAAGUGGAUCACGUUUGUUUUUGUUUUGACCGAAUAUGAAUGUAACUUAAUUCCAGACUGAAUGGCCUUCACCGAUUCUGCGCGCAGAAAUGCUCCUGUGGUAAUAAUUACGCAUACCUGUAUGUCAAAAAGUGUGUGUAUAUAAUGCUGAGGCAGACGACUCAUGGAGAAUUGAUUUCUCAAGCUCUAGUGCCUUAUUUACUGUGUAGUUCGCAUUAGUGCAACUUGAAAACCAGCACUGCUGCUGAAAAGUUUACCAUGUUGGGAGAUGAUAGAAUCACUUUUAUUUUGGCAUAAUCAAGUUUUAUAUGCAACUGUUGUUUCAAAUAUAUAUUACAGCAAUUUAGGCAUGUCUUUUUAAUAAUUAAAUCUAAAUUUAACAUCA